UUUCCACUUUGAUGUGUAUACAUUAUUACAAAAUACGAAUCCUGGACUUAAACUUGCGGUUCAUUAUUUAGACGCAAGCUGGCAACACUGCUUAGUACACAGUCAAAAUGUCAGUGUAAAUCAAAUAAUCAAAACAAAACCAAACACAGGACAGCAGAUAACACACGGAUUUUUGGCAUAGUGACGAAAUUUGUGCAUAAUUUAAUUUAUUCUACAAAAAACUCAGCUAGUAGUUUUAGAGUUCAAUUUCUAGAGUUCUGUUUAAAAUACUAAAUGCACAAAUAGUUUUCUGAAGAAUCGGAUAUGUCAUUAGUGGGAGAGAGUUUGACAAUAUUAAUUUUUCUGAUUGUUCCCGUUAUGUAUGAACUGAGCAGAGGGUUUAAAUAUUAUUUUAAAUUCUUCGUAUAUUAUUUUAUAAUAAUGUUAACAUCUGUUGUAGUAAUUCCAAUUAUGAUGUGGAAACCAAAGGAUGUCAAAAACCUCAUUUUAGCAUCCAUGUUAUGCAAACAUAUUUCACGUAUACUGGGCCUUCACUGGGAACUCCAUGGAAAGGAGUAUCUGGAGAAGGAUGAAGCUUGUGUUAUUGUGGCUAACCAUCAGAGUUCUCUUGACAUUCUGGGUAUGUUUGAGUUGUGGCCAGUGAUGCGCAAGUGUACAGUUGUAGCCAAGAAAGAACUGUUCUACGCUUGGCCUUUUGGUCUAGCGGCUUGGCUCUGCGGUCUCAUAUUCAUUGACAGGCUCAACUCGGAGACCUCAAGACAGGCAAUUAAUAGUUCAAUUGACCAGUUGAAGAAAGAUAAGGUGAAGCUCUGGAUAUUCCCUGAGGGCACACGCAAAAAUACUGGAGAAAUCCACACGUUCAAGAAGGGAGCAUUCCAUGCAGCUGUGAGUGCCCAGAUGCCCUUACUGCCCAUCGUCUUCACGCAGUUCUACUUCAUGGAGAGCAGCCAAAAACUGCUGGAUGUUGGUCGGAUAGUGAUGACAGUGCUUCCUCCUGUAAACACGGAAGGUCUAACAGCAGCUGACAUUCCUCAACUAAUGUCUAACACUCGAGCCUCCAUGAUCUCCACCUUCCAAGCCACCAGUAGUCAUCUCAAGGCUCAGAUGCUUGCUGACAAAAAGGCUAAUUAGUACUCCUCUACAUCUUCUGACUGGAU